UACUCCUGUGCGCCAGCAUGAUAGUUCUAGGAAUACUCCCGUUCGUCAGCUCGAUAGCAUCGAGAAUUCACAUAAUCUGAACUCUUCUCCGGCAACGGUUACGUCUUUAAACUCUCUAAACGGGAGUGCUUCACGAAGAAGGCUAGUCUUCAUCAGACGUUCAGCUGCCAUAAAUGAAAACCCUGAACAUCUUGCACAGGAUCCGUCCUCGGAUCCUCUUAGAGCGCUUUUAGACGAAGAGGAUGGAAUUAUGAGCACUAGAUUACCCUUAUAUGAGGACAAUGAGAAUGGUAAUUUAGAUGAAUUGCCAGCUCAAAUAAAAGAAGUCAAAAAAUUUUUUGAAGAUUUUCUUCUUAAUUUUAAGCUACAAUACCGUAAAGAGAAAGAAAAUCUUACUGUAACAGAUAUGGACAAGGAGUUUUUUUACCAAUAUUAUAUGCGAAAG